ACUCAUUCAGCCCUCGCGGCGCCGGGGGAUCCCCGCAGGAGCGGCGCGCCCGGGACGGAGCUGGCUCCGCUGCUGGCUGGCGUCACCCGCACGCCUCCCACCUGCCCCCGGCGCCGCUGACCCCGCCACCCGUACCCCCACUUAGGCUCCUCUUUUCCUCUCUGCUGGGAUGAACUCCCUAAGGAAUGCCAUUUCCAGCAGCCUGGUCUGCUGGAAAAAGGAGGAGAGGAAGAGGAAAUGUGGUGCCAGAGCUGUGUCCUGUCAGGUUGUGUUUCCCCCUGGAGACAGAGAUCUGAAUCUCUGGGCCGAGGUGGAAUUGAGGUGAGAAUAGUGGGACUGCGUGAUGCUGACCGACUUGCCAUUCUUCAAGGAUGUCCAGGGAUCCCAGGUGUCUCUGGCCCAAAAGGAGAAGCAGGUCUCCCAGGAACAAAAGGAGAAAUGGGAGACCAGGGAUUCCCCGGGAAAGCAGGACCACCUGGUGCAAAAGGAGCAGCUGGAGAGCCUGGCUUCCCAGGACUGAAAGAACCGGGGAACUGCCAAGAACUGUUGGCCAAAGGGAAGAUUUUGAGUGGCUGGUACACAAUCUACCCCCAAGACUGCAAUGCCACCACUGUCUUCUGUGACAUGGACACGGAUGGUGGGGGAUGGAUUGUUUUUCAGAGGCGCUGGGAUGGGUCAGUGAACUUCUUGCGAGAUUGGGAUUCAUACAAACGAGGCUUUGGCAACCAGCUGACGGAGUUCUGGAUGGGGAAUGAGAACAUCCACUUCCUCACCUCUCUGGGACCCUGUGAACUCCGUGUUGACCUCAGAGACUUUGAGAACAACUACUAUUUUGCCAAGUAUGCUUCAUUCAGAGUUUUAGGAGAGUCAGAGAAAUACAGGCUGAUUCUAGGAGACUUCCUUGGUGGAAACGCUGGGGACUCUUUAUCGUACCACAGGGACAUGCCAUUUUCAACAACAGAUCACGACAAUGACAUGAGUUCCUUUAACUGUGCCACAGAAUAUAAGGGAGCGUGGUGGUACAAUGACUGCCAUUACUCCAACCUGAAUGGGAUGUACUGGAUGGGUGCGCAUGGGAGCUAUGCUGAUGGCAUCAACUGGAAGACAGGCAAAGAAUACCACUACUCCUAUAAGCAAACGGAAAUGAAGUUCAGGCCAGUUUAA